AUGUCAAGCCUGGAAUAUUCUGAAAACUUCGUCAAUGUGAAGUGUUCCUCCGAGCCAGUCCACCACUGCCAGGUCUGCCCCUACUUCACAACGUCCCUUUUCCUCUUAAUCAACCACGUGCGACGCCACUACUUAUCACCACCACCUUUUGACUGUGAAAACUCCAACAUUGAAACGUACGUCUGCAAAGACUGCAACUUCCAAACAGAAUUAACAAUUUUCCUCAAAAAACACAUCAAGGAAUCCCAUGGAACUAAAACCGAAGGUGUGGAAUACAGCGUCCAAAGUUACAUUUGCAAAUAUUGCAACUUUGAAACUCAUUUCUCGUUAAAGUGGCUUCAGCACGCGUCAAAUUGUAACAAAUUUGGUCAAAGUAGGAGAGAUUUGCGGCUACACAUAACCUCAAAACAUUUACAAAACGGCGAAAUAAGUUGCGACGAAUGUUCAUACAAGGCGAAAUUAAAGCGAUCCUUGAAAAGACACAAGGACGUUUGGCAUUCAGGUGACACCCAAGUUAAAUGGUAUGAAUGCCAAAAGUGCCCCUAUAAAACGAAAUUUAAGCCGAAUUUGAGACGCCACGAACGAGGAACUCACCUAGACACCAUAGAAACAACCUUGAAGUGGUACAAAUGUAACUACUGCCCCUACGAAACCACCGCAAAAAGGUACUUAAACCCCCACAUAAUCAGCAAACAUUUAAGCGAAAACGAAAUCAAGUGGUACCACUGCCAAAAAUGUCCAUACAAAGCUAAAAGAAAAGAGUCUUUAAACAUCCACACGUACCGCAUGCACUCAGACGAAAAAGACAUCGUGUGGUACCACUGCGAUAAAUGUACAUACAAAGCCAAAGCCCUAAGUUCUUUAAAGUACCACACGAACUACCUCCACCCCGACUCGGAAACCAUCCAACUCCACCAGUGCCAACACUGCCAAUUCAAAACCAAAUAUUCCAAAAACUUGAAAGUCCACGUGAAAAAUCGACACUCGAGCGAAAGCGAGAUUAAGUGGCACGAGUGUGACAAGUGCCCAUAUAAAGGUAAAAACCGCGCGGCUUUAAAAAUGCACGUCAUUAGAAAACACGUGAGUGACGAUAAAAUCGAGUGGUACCAGUGUGACAAGUGUCCGUAUAAAACCAAGUACAAAAGUGCGGUAAAAGUGCACUUUGAUAAACACCAAAACGAACAAAUCCGUUGGUACCACUGCGAACGGUGUCCAUACAAAGCUAAAAAGAAAAGUCAGUUGAAAAUGCACGUGGGAGUGCUGCAUUUAGGGGGGAAAGGAAUCAAGUGGCACAAAUGUGAGCAGUGUUCCUAUGCGACUAAACAGUUCAGUUAUUUGAAGGAACACAAAAUUAAUAAACAUGUGGCUGACAGCCAGAUACAGUGGGAGCAGUGUGAGCAGUGCCCGUUUCGAGCCAAGUUGAAGCGGAAGUUGCGAGAACACGUGAAAGCAGCGCAUUUUCCGAAAAACUAA